AUCCACCACCCCGCAUUGCCUAUAUCUUCACCUUUACCUCCACUCUUUCCGCUUGACACCCGCGAUUCCCCUCAGCUUCAUACCCACUACUGCGUAGACACCGUUCUUGCUUUAAUAUAUCAUAAUUUCUUCAUUCUUUAAUACCCACCCUAUGUCAUCUUGCUAAUCAUUAUAACCAUGGCCCCCAUCAUCGAAGACCUCGGUCACACAACACACAACGAUCCCGUCACUAAAAAAGCAGCGAACCUGUACACGCACUAUUCUACCCUUUACAGACGCCACGGCCCCGAAUGGCAAGCCAUGCAAGAACAUCAAGAGCGCAAUGACUACGAGAAGGAUAGCUACCAUGGCAAUGGGAAGGACAACUACCUUGGGCACGCAAAGGAGCAUCAUAUCGGUCGCGGCAAGGAUGGCCACCAUAAUUAUGGCAAGGGUAGUCAUUAUAACCACGCAAAGGAGCACCACAUUGGUCGUGAUAAAGACGGCCACCAUGAUUACGGAAACAGUAAAGGUCGCCAUGGAUCAAAUAAAUCGCACGGCCAAGGCUCACAGAAGGACAAGGAUGCUGGAUCCCGCGAUAAAUCCAAUAAAGGCAAGCAUGACGGGGAAGGAAUCAAGAAUGGCAAAGAGGACAAGAAUAACAAGGACGGAAAAAAGGACCAGAGCGAUAAGGAUGGCAAAAAGGACAAGAGCAGCAAGGACGGGAAAAAUGGCAAGAACAAAAAGGACGGAAAAGAGGACAAGAACAACAAGAAAGACAAGGACGACAAGGACGACAAGAAUGGCAAGGAUAACAAAAGGGACAAGGACGACAAGGGAAGUAAAGAGGGCAAGAACGACCAUGAUAGCAAACACAGCGAGGAUAUUGAGGACGGAGGAGAUAAUAAUGACAGCAAGGACAGCGAGGAUAAUAAGGGUGACAGGGAUGAAAAGGACGACUACGAUAGCAAACAUGGCGAGGACAAUGAAGCCGGAGAAAAUGAUAGCGAUGGCAGGAGCAGCGAGGAUGGCAAGGACGCUAAUUCGGGCAGAGAUGGCAGAGCUGGAGAGGAUCAUAACGACGGAAAGAGUGAUGAUAAAAGUAAAGAUGGCGGUGAUAGCGAUGAUAACAAAGAUGACAUGGACAGCGAAGACGGAAAGAGCGGUGGAUCCGGAGACCAGGCUUCCGGAGAUGAUGGAGACGCGUCGUCGAGCGACGAUAACGAAUCGGGUCGCGAUGGUAGCCAAGGCGACAAGGACAGCACGAAUGGUGGCUCUCACAGCGACAACUCUGGUACCAACAAUAGCUCUGGCGCUAACAACAACUCGAGUACCAAUAGCAACGACCUCAACGGGAACAAUGCUGCCAGACCCCUAGCAGGAUCGCCGACUCCUUCACUCACCUCAUUCUUUUCUGGAACCGGAUCCAUGAUUCCAGUUGGUCCCAGCAACCCAUCAUCAAGCGACCACAACGGUGUUGACAAGGCCAUUACCAACACCCCACCAAACAAACCAGGCGAUGGCGACAAGCCCCUCAACACUAACCCCCUCGCCUACAUCCUUAUCCCCUUGGCCGUGAUCGCCGGUGUUGCCUUUGGUGUGAUCGCCUACCGCCGUAGAAACAAUCGUCGACGCAACCUACGUCGUCAGCUCCAGCAGGACGCCGAGGCUGCAGCGCGAGCUGCAAGAAACCCUGCCGGGGGUGAGGAAGACACGGCAUCUGUGGUGAGUCCUGUCAGCUACCGCCCCCCGGCUCCUUUCACCAGUGAGGUCGACAUCACAACUGAGAGCCUCGAGAAGGAUCCGGACAUCGUGAUCGGAGAUGCAGCCCUACACCUUGUCUCUGCUCCCAAGCGCGAUGAAGCCCAUGUAAGCGUUUACCAGGACUACUCGCAUGUCUGCCAAGCGCAAAUGAUGGGAAAGAAGUGCACGAACCACAGUAUUAGCUGCUUUGUCGCUUUGAACCACAGCAAUGGAGGACUGAGCGUGACCGCGGCUCAUCGUGAACCAUCAAGCUCAAGUUCGACUGCACUGGGACCGAUUGGUUCAACGGCGACAAAUCCAACCCCUGUAGACUCAGAAGCGCCAUGAUCCUUUAGUUCGUAACCAUGGCUGUUUGCACUUUCAGUUCCCCU